UGUCUCCCUUGUUGCAAAGAUGAGAUCGAGGUUCAGGCGCCUCCUGGCCAUACGGUCGGCUGGGUGAAACAAGUAUAUGACGGAUGCCAUGUCAACUACACCGUAAAAGAUGCAUCCGGAUUAACCGUGCUGCGUAUCGUAGGCCCUCAUUUCUGCCAUUGCCAAUGUAUCGGAGACGAUGUAAAAUUUUAUAUUAAAACGGCAGAGAAGACGACUGAUAUCGGCUUAAUCACAAAACAGUGGACUGGUCUGGCCCACGAACUUUUCACCGACGCAGACAAUUUUGGCAUCCAAUUUCCCAUGGAUCUCGACGUUAAAGUCAAGGCCAGCCUUUUGGGUGCCGUUUUCCUUAUUGUAAGUUCGUCUUUCUCCUUUAUCUGUUUUGGAUUGUGCCUAUGCUCCAGUGUUUCGAGAUAA